AUGUUGGAGGAAGCCUUAAGAGCAGACUUGAUAACGGUAGCCCAAGAAUCUACCCCGCCCGGCGCGGACGAAAACAAGUACUGCCGGUACCAUCAAAAUAGAGGGCAUACAACAGAAGAUUGUGUUACGCUGAGGGACAAGUUGGAAACUCUCGUUCAGGCGGGACAUUUACAGAGGUUCGUACAGCGACAAAGGGGGCCCUCUUCGGUCAGAGCUGGAGGACCCAAUGGAAGGAACAACCCACCUCGGGGAAAUCACCACCAAAGGCGUGACAGGAGCAGGAGUAGAAGCCCGAAUCGUACGGUAAGGGGUGUCAUUAACACCAUCUCAAGGGGAUUCGCGGGAGGUGGUUCGACCUUGGCCGCCAGGAAGAGACACUUGAGGAGCCUGCAUAGUAUCAAUCGAUCGAGAGAAGCAAAAAGGACUAUGCCCGCAAUUACCUUUUCCGCUCAAGACUUCCACGCACUAGAUUUGGACCAAAACGAUCCGAUGGUCAUUACGGCAAUGAUCGCUCGGUACCAAGUGGGAAAGGUCCUGAUAGAUCAGGGAAGUUCAACCAACAUAUUAUAUUGGAAGACGUUUAAGCGCAUGGAGAUUUCAGAGGACGCCAUCAUGCCCUUCAAUGAGCAGAUUGUGGGGUUUGCAGGAGAAAGGGUGGAUACAAGGGGAUAUGUUGAUCUGAGAACAAGUCUGGGAAUGGACAGAAGGGCCAGGGAGAUUAAAGUUCGUUUUUUGUUGGUAGAAGCCAAAACUUCUUACAAUGUUCUUUUAGGAAGACCAUGCUUAAAUGCUUUCGGGGCCAUUGUAUCAACCCCUCACCUGACGUUGAAGUAUCCAACGGAUGAUGGUGAAGUUCACACUGUCCGGGCGGAUCAAAAGAUGGCUCAGGAGUGUUACGCAGCAGGAUUAAGGGUAAAACCCAGAGCAGUGGAGUCAUUGCACAAUAAGUCUGAGGUGGCUAUGAUGGAAUUGGAUCCAAGGUCCCCUCUGGAGGAACGGGUGGAACCAUUAGGAGGGGUAUAG